CAAGAAGUUACUAGAAUACAGAUAUGAAGCAACAACAGAUUGUUUGCGAACAUGAAGCUUUUCCAGCUAAGCUUUCAUGGGUCGACAUGGUAGACCACAACAUCCAAGUCGACUACGACGCUGUCAUUUUCCCUGUUGAAGAUGACAGCCCCAUUGAGCCGGAAGUUGAAUCAGAGAUCCAGGGGGAAUCAAGUCCUUCCGGCGACUUUGAGAGUUCAACAUCUUUGGAAGUCAAGCAGGAAACAACACCCUCUGCUGGCUUCAAGAUCACCCCCUCAGUGGAAGACGUGGCAGAGACUAGCCAACACAUCAACGAUUUGACAAAGCAGGUAGACGAUCUUAAAGCAGAACUGCAGAGAAAGAAUUCUGAACUCCACAAGGAAAGAGACAGAAGGAUUGCAUGUCAGGCUGAAGUCAAAUCCCAGCAGGAGGAGAUUCAAAGACUGCAAAAACUGUUGGAAAAAGAACGUCACCUGCAAGUCAAACGUGAACAGGUUUCUUGCUCUUCCAAAGUUACAACUGACAAGAACGUUCUUCAACAGCUGGAGUACUUCAAGUGGGAGGCUGCAAAAUACGCCUCCCGCAAUAAAGGUCUGAUUGAAGUAAUGGUUGAAGAAUACCGAGUGAGACUCAAAUAUGAGGAGCAGCUCAAAAGACACUCUGAGCAAGCUUCCAAAUUUAAGGCUCAGGAGGAAACAGUGAAAGCUCUGCAGGGUCAGGUUGCAGACCUGAAGGUGGAGUUGAAACUUGCUCUAGAAAACAGCCAUCCUAGAGUCUCCACCCGACCAGAGGUCCCCCUGCAAAGAGAAGGCUCCCUACAAACAGAGGAGACCAAGGAUAGACAGACCUUGAAUCAACCAGGGAGGUCUGAAGAAAGACAGACCUCCAAUCAACCAGGGAGGUCUAAAGAAAGACAGACCUUGAAUCAACAAGGGGUCUCCAUGCAUAGCCUGGCUCGGCCUUUGCGCCGACCCACAUCUAGCUUGCAAACAGAAGGCUCCCUCCAAAUAGAGGAGACCAAGGAAAGACAGACCUCCAAUCAACCAGGGAGGUCCGAAGAAAGACGGACCUCCAAUCAACCAGGGAGGUUUGAAGAAAGACAGACCUUGAAUCAACCAGAGAGGUCCGAGGAAAUAUGGGCCUCCAAUCAACCAGGGAGGUCCGAGGAAAGACGGACCUCCGAUCAACCAGGGAGAUCCGAGGAAAGACGGACCUCCAAUCAACCAGGGAGGUCCGAGGAACGACAGACAUCCAUGCGAUCAACCUCCACUGGUUGCAUGGAGGGUCUUCAUGUUGGCGUUGGCACGAAGGCCAAGCUAAGCCCGGCUCGGCCUUUACACCGACCCACACCCAGGUGGCACUAACCUAC